AGAGAGCAUGCGCGUACCUCUCAAACAUCAAAAUGGCGCUCAAAGUAAAGCUCUGUCGAGAGAGAAACACAUAUCAUUGAUAAUUGAAUGCUCUCUUGAACUGAUCGGUAGAUUGAUUGUUCAGUUUAUACCAAAUCAAGUACUGGAAGUCACCUAAGAUCCAGGAUCGGUUACCAGAUAGCAGGAUACUCAAGUUUUAAAAGAUGGCCACUAGAUACCCACUGAAGACAUACACACGCAAGAACAAGAAAGAAUCCUAUGCAAGUAAAGCAUUUGAUGACCUCUUCAAUAGUGCCAAAAACAAGCCAGUAACAGAGAGAGCAGGGAACACGGGCAGAUGGAGCACUCAGACCUAUGCCCCAAGUCGCAGCACUGUAGAUGCCAAACGAAGACGGCUCAAUAGUGAUGAAGAUCCAUACAGCUUUGAUGAAGGGGACAAGAGUCCCAACAAACUUAAAAAUGCUAAUGUCCAAACAACUCCUAAGAAAGUCACCAGAUCCUCUUCUCAAAAUAAUGAAUCAUCUGUCACUCCACCCAAAGUGUUUUAUGGAGAGCAAAAAAAUGACUUCAAAUCCACCAAAUCCUACGCAGAGGAGAAGAAAAUCAGCAAAAUUGUCUCAAAAACUGACAAAUCCAGCAGCUUGUCCUUGAGAGCUGAGGGAACAUCCAGGUCUGUCAGGACCAAUAAAAGUACAAAAAGUACUGAUUCCAAAAAGCAAAUGUCUAUAGACUCUUUCACAAGAAGAACAAGCACUAGUCCAAGUGGAAAUACGGACCAUCAGUAUGCCAUGGAAGUGUCCCCUCCAACUGCCAACUCCGACGAAGGGAACGUGUUAGAUACAUGCAGCGAGGGCAGCGCAGACUCAGAAAUAGUAUUCAAUUUCAAGACCAGUAGCAAUGACAGAUCAGAUCAUAACUAUUCUGCAGCAAAGGAGAAAAGCAAGGAUGACAAGACUGUGAACUCUCAGCACAGACCCGAGAGGAGAUCUCCUAAGAAGUCCACUGCAAAGUCUACCACGACAUCAACAACAUACAGGAGUAGUCAUGAUAAAGAAGAGGCUGACAGCAGCUCUAAGACAUGGUGGUUAGAGUCUUCUCCUACAAGAUCCAACUGUGAAGAAAGUUCUCCAGUCAGAUUAAUCUCUUCCUCUCCUCUGUAUUCUCAGAACAGUAAAACAAGGACUACAACAACAGACUAUGAUCUCCAGACUGAGGAGGGUACCAGUAAUGCUCAUGUAUCAAAACAUAAACAAACAUAUACUGUUAAGAAUGGGAGUAAGUCUUCUAUAAGUAAAACGGAAGAUGUUAAAAAUGACCAUAAAAAAUCAACUGACAGUGAUAACAAAGUCGAAGAUGACAGCAAGGUUAAAGUUCAAACUAUUCAGAGACAAGAUUCCACUAAAGUUAAAGUUCUAGAGCAGGACGAGUGGUUGAAAUUAGUAGGCGGAAAAAGUUCAUACAGUAAAAGUAACAAAGGCAGCAAUAAAAUUAGUAGUAGUAGUAGUACUAGUAGUAGUGUUACUAAGAAAGAAGUCAAAACUAAAGAAAAGGAGAAACCCAAGGAAGUAGAGGAAUUCACCCUCAGUGAUAGUGAUGACAAUGAAAAUGGCCAAGUAAAUGGAGAAAUUGCUAUGAGGCAGAGACAAGAGCUAGAUCCAGAAAAGAAAAAACUUAUAGAAAUGAGAAAUCAGAAACUGCAGCAGAUGGACAGAAUAAAAGAGCCUAAAUUUGGACCUGCCACCAAAAGAUUGCUUAGCAGUCCAAAGAAGGUCUCUCCAAACUUGCCUGGCACUGGGAAAGCUGUGUAUAAUCCCAGGCCCUGGGCAAUGACAAAAGCUGCUAGUGUUGGAGACAUAGGUUCUAGUCAGGAGUCUCAGAGUUCAAGGGGAGCCUCCUCCUCCGCUGCCUUCACCCCAGACUUUGAUGAAGAUUUGAAGCCUCCCCCCAAGCUACACAGGACCACCUCCCUGCCCAAGAAGUUGUCAGAACCACAAGCUGUGACCUCUCUCAAGGUGCAGAGAGAAUACAAACAGCUGUUCACAGUGGUACGCAAUGUUAAAGAGGCCCAUGAGUGCCAGGAGCAUGGAGAAACUCAGGAGUUCUUUGAUGACAUCGAGUACCUCCUGGAUGGACUCAGAGAUGUGCAGAGCCCCAGUACACGGUGUCUAAGUUGUAUGGGGCUAGCCACCAAGAGUGCAAUGGCAGCUUUCAGGAUGCAUCUCCGUGCACACGGCGUUGUCACAAGGAUAUUCACAGCUCUUCAUGAUGCUUGCUCACAUCCUAGUUUGGCCCUGGCCACAGCCACCGUGAUGCACAUGUUGAGUCGCGACAGGUUAAAUAUGGACCUGGACAAGGAGUCGCUAGAACUGAUGGUGAAACUGCUCAGCGUUGACGCCCAGUACACCUCAGAGAAUGUCAGCGCAGACAGGGAGUACCAGAAAACACGGGAGAAGGUUACAGAGCUGCUGACACAGAUCAAGAAAGAGGGAGGGGCAAAGCAUCUGGAUUUGACUGACAUUUCUACUGGCAAGUUGGCCAUGGAAUCCAUGCUGAGUCUGACCUCAAGGAAAGCUGGAGAGUGGUUUAAGGAGGAACUCAGAGCCCUGGGAGGACUGGACUACUUUGUGCAAUCAGUUGCUGACUGUGUGGAUUAUUUCAUCAUGGAGGAUGAAGAAUUAUCAGAGUCCCAUGUUGACAAACUUAGGACAAUAGACCGCUGUCUGAGGGUCUUAGAAAAUGUGACUUUCAUGAACACUGAAAAUCAGACAUAUCUAAUUGGCUGCAAGAAUUCUACCUUAAUUACAGCUCUCUGCAGGGGUUUAAAGGUGUGUGAAGGAGCCAUGAGUCAGUACACCCUGAGUGACACAGAUAGUAAGACAGUGGACAAGAACAGCACAGGAUACAUUAUCUUCCAUACCCUGCUCUCAAUACUCAGGGUGCUUCUGAAUAUAACACAUGAUAAUGACCUGUACCCUCAUGUAUGUCCCAGACCUGUACCCUCAUGUGUGUCCCAGACCUGUACCCUCCUGUAUGUCCCAGACCUGUACCCUCCUGGUCUUGGACUUCUGAUUAACUUAGUUGAACACUGUGAUAUAAACAGAAGAUUGCUGAUGUCCACAGAGACAGUCAGUUCCUAUGAUUCCACAUCCCAAGCUGGCAGUCUGGAGGCUCCAGAGGCACUGGUACAGCUAUUCCUGCAGAGAGACGAGGCUGCCAGGAAUGCUGAGGCACAAGACGAGGAGGAAGCAGAUACCUCGGCAGCGGAGGGCACGUCGCAGGAGACAGUGGACAAGAGCGGUGAAUGGCGAGAGUCGGAGUCUGGAAUAGAGUGGGUGGUACUGAAUGAAGAUGACCCCGCGGCCCUCAGUGACAGCGAUGACGAGAUGGAGGAGUUGCCCAGCUCACAGGACGAGAAUGACCCCUUGACCAAAGCAUUGCACAAGGCAGGAAAACACAUGGAAGACAGUAUAGUAGCAUCUUAUGUGUCCCUACUUAUUGGCUGUAUCAUACAAAAUAACAAGACCUAUGUGGAGCGCAUCCAAAGCUCACUGCCAGAGAACGGAUUUGACUCCAUGGUGAAACUGUUAUAUAAGUUCCUAGGAUUCAUGAACCUCACUGAAGCUGUUGGAAACAGCGGUGGUACCUCCAUAAAGAAAGUCAUCNCAUAG